AUGGCAUUUGCAGUUGCAGAGACAAUCCUCAAGAAGUUGGCCCCACUAGUUGUUGAACAAGCAGGCCUUCUCUGGGGACUCAAGAGCGAGGUUUUGAAACUGAAGAGCACGGUUACUUCUAUUCACGCCGUGUUAUUGGAUGCGGAGGAGCAAUCCGGUGUUAAUCAUCAAGUUCAAGUUUGGCUCGAUGAACUGAAGCAAGUCCUUUACGAUGCUGAUGACUUGUUGGAUGAUUUCAAUACCGAGACUCUAUUGAAGCAGCAACGCAUGGAUCUUCAUGGCAAUCUUUGUAAGAACGAGGUAUGCAUCUUCUUUUCCAGUUAUAACCCAUUGCUCAACGGUCUCUUGAUGGCUUAUCGAAGCAAAGUGGAAGAUCUUCAGCUGCAAACUUUGAAGAGUAAUUUGAAGAAACAAAUGGACAACAAGAGGUUCUUGUUGGUGUUAGAUGAUGUGUGGGAUAAUGGUGAUUACGAAAGCAAUUGGGACAGGUUGAUGAGUUUCUUGUGCAAUGUUGGCACAGUAGGGAGUAAAAUUAUCAUCACUACUCGAAUUGGAAGUGUUGCAAGUUUGAUGGCGACAAAAGGUCUCAAACCACAUGAGUUAAAAGGUUUAUCCAAACAAGAUUCAUGGUCGUUGUUUGAACAAAUAACAUUUAAGGGGGAAGUACUUGAAGGUGGUGAAAGGUUUAAGCGGAUGGGAGAAGAGAUUGUGGGUAGAUGUGUGGGGGUUCCUUUGGCCAUAAGGGCAAUGGCUGGCGUCCUGGCGUCAAAGAGAGAUUUAGUUGAUUGGGAGGCUUUAAGAGACAAGCAAGCACGGUUAGAUGGGGUUGGUAGCGAUAAAAGGAUUUCGGCAACUCUUAGGUUGAGUUACGACAACCUUCCUUCUUAUUUGAAACCAUGUUUUGCUUAUUGUAGUUUGUUCCCAAAGGAUUAUGAGAUUACCGUGAGAACUUUGGUACAACUCUGGAUGGGGCAAGGGUAUAUCGAUUGUAGCCAAUCACCAUCGUCAAAUUUGUAUGACACUGGAGUCGAAUAUUUCAAGAGCAUGUUAUCUAAGUCCUUUUUCCAAGAGACAUCCGUAGAUAACUUGGGGGAUCUGGUUGUGUGUAAAAUGCACGAUUUGAUUCACGAUCUAGCUUUGGAAGUUGCAGGGAAGGAGAACUUCACUUUGAAGGCUUCAACUUCAAUGGUUUAUGAUGAUGUCAACUUUGAUAGGCUUCUCCACUUGUCAUUCGAUUUUGAGGAAAUACAAAGAGUGUCAUUGCAAGUUCCAGAUUCGUUACUUAAACAGACAAAGCUGAGAACUUUUCUUCCUACAAAUUUGCAUUGGCAGGGUAUGAGUACACAAGGAGGAACCCAAUAUGAGUCAAUCUUCUCAAAUAUGACUAGUUUGAGAGUUCUAAGUUUUUGUAAUGCUGGGAUGAAAAUUGUCCCUCCCUCCAUCCAUUACCUGAAACGUCUCAGGUUUCUAGAUCUUUCUUAUAACAAUGGAAUGGAGAUGUUACCUAAUGAGAUCACAAGACUGGUAAACUUGCAGGUGCUCAUCUUAGAUUUUUGUGAAGAGCUUCGGGAAUUACCAAACGACAUUGUGAAAUUGUCAUAUCUUGAGUGUCUUAGCCUUAUUGGCUGUGACGCUUUGAGACACUUACCAUCUGGGAUCAAGAAACUCACUCGCCUGAAAGAAUUGUCCUCGUUCAUUUUAGCACUCUCAGAAUCAGGAGCUGCCGCUGCCACUGCGAAAAUUAGUGAGUUGAAGGAUCUCAAUCUAAGCGGGAGUUUGGCAAUUACGAAUCUGCAAUCGGUGGAGAAAGAUGAAGCGGAGGCAGCAAGUUUGAAAAGGAAGCAAAAUCUUUGA